AUGCCGACCCCUAAGCAGCGGCUCCCCUACUCCACCUCAGGCGAGGGCGGAGGAGGGAGGCGCGCCGCCUCCGGCUCCGCCGCGCUGCCCCCCGUGGUGGUCCUCGUGUUCCUCUUCGUGGUCGCGCCUUCUCUCUUCUUCGUCGUGCGCAAUGGCGGUCGCGGCCACGUCCACGUAGCCUCCGAUCCCAAGGGCAAGAUUGGCGAUCAGGAAGCAGCAGCAAUGAAGAACCUCAAAUCUAUUUUGCCUAAGGAGGUGUUUGAUGCUAUAACUGCUAGUCAACAAGAGUCAGGCACAUUGAGUCUUGAUUUUUUUAGGAAUCGUGCAUCUCCCUCUUGGAAAACUGAUGAUCUAGUCAUUGAGAAGAGCAUGGAUGUUGAUGGCAAGGCUAAAGCUGAAAACAGUUUGCCAGAACAUGAUCUACCAACAAAUAGAUCACCCAAAGAUCCAGAUGAACAUCAAGUUGACAAAGCAGCGAAAGUAGCUCGAAGGAAACUUAGGGAGAAAAGACGUGAGAAGAGAGCAAUGGAUUUGGUUCAUAAAGAUGAUGAAGCGCGCGUUAAGCUGGAGAAUGCCGCUAUUGAGCGAUCAAAAGCUGUCGAUUCUGCUGUGCUUGGAAAAUACAGCAUAUGGCGAAAAGAGAAUGAGAAUGAGAAUUCAGACUCUACAGUUAGGCUUAUGAGGGACCAAAUUAUUAUGGCUCGUGUCUAUUCUGCGCUUGCUAAAUCAAAGAACAAGAACGAUCUAUAUCAAAAACUGCAGACCCGAAUCAAGGAAAGCCAGUGGGCUGUUGGAGAGGCUUCUGCUGAUGCUGACCUGCACCACAGCGCGCCUGAGAAAAUCAGAGCAAUGGGUCAAGUUUUAUCAAAGGCUAGAGAAGAAGUUUAUGAUUGUAUGGCAAUCACUCAGAGACUAAGGGCUAUGCUUCAGUCAGCAGAUGAACAGGUCAGGAGCUUGAAGAAGCAGAGUACAUUUCUUAGCCAGUUGGCUGCAAAGACAAUUCCAAACAGCAUUCACUGCUUGUCUAUGCGUUUGACAAUUGAUUACUAUCUCCUCCCCCUUGAGGAACGGAAAUUCCCAAGGAGUGAAAAUUUAGAAAACCCAAAUCUCUAUCACUAUGCACUUUUCUCAGAUAAUGUCUUGGCAGCCUCGGUUGUUGUGAACUCAACCAUCAUGAAUGCUAAGGAACCGGAGAAACAUGUUUUCCAUCUUGUGACUGACAAGUUAAACUUUGGAGCCAUGAACAUGUGGUUUCUGCUGAACCCACCCGGCAAGGCCACUAUCCAUGUUGAGAAUGUGGACGAAUUUAAGUGGUUGAACUCAUCAUACUGUCCUGUGUUACGGCAACUUGAGUCUGCUGCCAUGAAAGAGUACUAUUUCAAAGCUGAUCAUCCCACCACUCUCUCAGCAGGUUCUUCAAACCUAAAGUACCGGAACCCCAAGUACCUCUCUAUGCUGAACCACUUGAGGUUCUAUCUCCCAGAGGUCUAUCCAAAGUUGGAUAAGAUACUCUUCCUCGAUGAUGACAUAGUUGUGCAGAAAGAUUUGACACGGUUGUGGGAUGUUGAUCUUAACGGAAAGGUCAAUGGUGCUGUGGAAACCUGUGGGGAGAGUUUCCACCGCUUUGACAAGUAUCUUAAUUUUUCAAAUCCACACAUUGCUCGGAACUUUGAUCCAAAUGCAUGUGGCUGGGCUUAUGGGAUGAACAUUUUUGAUCUGAAGGAGUGGAAGAAGAAAGAUAUUACUGGGAUCUACCACAAAUGGCAAAAUAUGAAUGAAGACAGAGUUCUUUGGAAGCUUGGGACACUUCCGCCUGGCCUCUUGACCUUCUACAAGUUGAUGCACCCACUGGACAAGUCAUGGCAUGUUCUUGGAUUAGGAUACAACCCAAGCAUAGACCGUUCAGAGAUAGACAGUGCUGCUGUGGUUCAUUACAAUGGAAACAUGAAGCCAUGGUUGGAGCUAGCAAUGACCAAGUACCGACCAUAUUGGACCAAGUAUAUCAAGUAUGAUCACCCUUACAUCCGUGGAUGCAACUUGAGUGAGUAG